CAACAGCUAUCUUUUGUUAUUAAUUUACCGUGCACCGACGUGCACAUUUGAAAACACGAGGUGAAGUUUAAUACUAAACUAAGUCAAAAUGCCUAAAAAAGCAAAAGUUGGAAAACAGCGAAAGGAUAAAUUCUACAAGUUAGCUAAAGAAACUGGUUAUAGAUCAAGAGCCUCAUUCAAGUUGCUUCAACUAAAUAGAAAAUUUGAGUUCUUACCAAAAUCUCGAGUUUUAAUAGAUUUAUGUGCUGCACCAGGAGGAUGGCUUCAAGUUGCGCAGCAAGCCAUGCCUGUUUCCAGUGUUAUCAUUGGAGUGGAUUUGGUUCCUAUCAAGACAAUACCAAAUGUUAUCACUUUACAAGAAGAUAUCACAACAGACAAAUGUCGACAGUCACUAAAAAGACAAUUGAAAACCUGGAAAGCAGACGUAGUGCUUCAUGAUGGAGCUCCUAAUGUUGGUAAAAAUUGGAUACAGGAUGCUUUUACACAGAAUGGUUUGACUCUUAGUGCACUGAAAUUAGCCACAGAAAUGCUUGUGAAGGGUGGAUGGUUUGUUACUAAAGUAUUCCGUUCAAAAGAUUACUUGUCACUCGUAUGGAUAUUUAAAAAAUUAUUUAAACAUGUGCAUGUUACUAAACCUCAAGCUUCUCGAAACGAAUCAGCUGAGAUAUUUGUUGUGUGUCAAGGAUUUCUUGCACCUGAGCGCUUAGAUCCCCGAUUUUUAGAUCCUGGUUAUUUGUUUAAAGAUGUUCAAUCUAAAGAAGAAACAAAGUCAAAACUUCUUGAGCUUACUAAUAAAAAGCCAAAAGCUGAAGGUUAUGAAGAUGAUGCACCCAUGUAUAGAACUCUUAAUGCAACUGAUUUCAUAUUUUGUGAAAACCAUUUAGAGAGACUUAGCAAAUGCAAUGAGGUUGUGUUUGAUGAUGAAGAUAUUAAAAACCAUAAGCUAACAACUGAAGAAAUUAAACAAUGUUGUAAGGAUAUUAAAGUUUUAGGAAAAGCAGAUUUAAAAAUGCUUUUGAACUGGAGGAAGCAGUUGCGAACUAUUCUUGAAGAGGCUGCAAAGAAAGAAGAAAAGACCUUGGCUGUUGAAAAAGUUGCUCCUGAUGAAGAGGAAGAACUGGAUGGUGUUAUGAAAGAAGUUGAAGAAUUAGAAUUAUCCAAAUUGCAAGAAGCAAAGAGGAAAAAGAAGAAAAUUUUGAAAGAACGUAAAAAGUUGCAUGAAAGAUUGAAUUUGAAAAUGAUCAUAAAAGAUGAUGAACCAAUCAUUGAUGAAGACAGAGAGCUGUUUAAACUUUCACAAAUCAAAAAUAAAAAUGCUCUUUUGCAAGUAGAAGAUGAAACCAACUUAGAAUUUGGUUUGGAAGCUCCUCAACCUGCUGAUGAGGAUAUUUUACAACCUGGUUAUAAGAGUACAUUUAUAAGUUAUAAUCGUGAUGUUCGAGAUGAUUCACGAGUUGAAGCAGAACCUGAAAAAGAAGAAAGUGAAUAUUCUAGUGAUGAGGGUUUAAGUAGUGAACUGGAAUUUGAAAGUGAGUCUGAGCAAGAAGAUGAUAAAGAAGUUACUGAAACUAUUCUUGAAGGAAAAAAGAACCCAUUGAUGGUUGAUUUAGUGGAAAGACCUGAUAGAGUUAAAGAUACUGUAGAUAGAUGGUUUGAUAAGGCUGAUUUCGCUAGUGAAAAUGAUGAUAGUGAUUUAGAAUUAGAUUUACUGGCUGAAGAAUUUGAGAAGAAACAAAAAGCGAAGAAAGAUGAAAUGGACAAAGAGCCCAUCAGUGAAGAACAAAAAGAUGAUUCUACGAGUCAAUCAGCAAAAGAAACUAAUACAGAUAAGAAAGAGAAGAAAAGAAAAAGGGUGAAACUGGACCCAGAAGGCUUAGCAUUAGGAUCUCUCAUUGUUCAGUCAAAGAAAAUGAAGAGGGAUAUUAUUGAAAGUGGUUACAAUAGAUAUGCAUCCAAUGAUGAAAAGCUUCCUGACUGGUUUGUACGAGAUGAAAAGAAACACUACAGAAAGCAGCUUCCCGUUUCUGCUGAAUUGGUAGCUGAAUACAAACAAAGGUUAAAAGAAAUUAAUGCAAGACCAAUUAAAAAAAUUGUUGAAGCUAAGGCAAGAAAGAAGAGAAGAUCUAUAAGACGCAUGGAAAAGGCAAAGAAACGUGCAGAGAAAGUUACAGACCAUCCAGACAUGUCUUUAUCUGAAAAAGCUGAUCAACUGAAAGAGAUAUACAAAAGGGCUGUCCCUAAACAAGAUCAUAAAGUGACAUAUGUUGUGGCUAAAAAAGGUGCUGGGAGAAGAGUGUCGCGCCCUGCUGGGGUAAAAGGACGCUUCAAAGUUGUUGAUCCACGUAUGAAGAAAGAUACAAGAAAAGAGAAAAUUGCAAUGAAAAAAGAAAAGAAAAAUAAAAAGUCUUUUAAACGAAAUUCUAAAAGUAAAGCUCAGAAAAAAAGAUGAUUACAUGUACAUAUUUAAAUAAAUAGUUUUUGUUAUUAA